AUGGAGCUCGAGUCGGCAGGCUCAGCCUCAAGUCCACAUGGAAAACAAGCUGCGUGCUUGAACUGUCGGCGGAGCAAGAUUCGCUGCAACCGCCUGACAGGCGAGUCCAGCUGCGAGAAAUGUAAGCAGACUAAUGCAGAAUGUAUUGUGCCCAACCACCAUCUGGGCCGACAAAAGGGUGUUAAAAAUAAACGCAAGGGUCUGGAGAAAGCGAUACAUCAGAUCGAGCAGGCGAUCAAACGGCCCAAACUCGACUCCAGUGACGAUGAUCCCCAAAAGGCCAUUUCAGUCCUACAAGAACUUCUCAGUCAAGUCCAGGGUCAGUUAAUGCAGAAUGAACAUGAACAUGAGCAUGAGCAUGGCGUUUCAGAGGCACCACAUUACACGCGCAUGAUAUCUCCACGUGAUACUCAUGCAGAGGAGAGUCUGGCCCUUGAUGAUGCAGAAAAUCCUCUGCAGCUGCUUGCUAGAGCCUCGGAUCUUCAGCUUUCGCCUACCGGGGUGCGACGUGCACAGAUGUCUCCACUGCCGUUAUCAGAGGGUCCAUAUUUCCUUCAGAGUACCCCUCGAGGUGAACCGAGCGCUAAAUCCUUUUUUGUUCCUGCAAGAGCAAAUUUGGAUGUUGGACCUGAAGUUGACCCUGUCGAGCUGGGAUUAGUCACAUUUGAUGAGUCGGAGUCAUUGUUCUCGUUCUUCUAUCAAAAUCUCGCACAUACUCGAUGGGGCCUCGAUCCUGUGAUACACAGCCCCUCCUUUGUACGUUCCCAGUCGGCUUUUCUUUUUACUUCAAUAAUGGCAGGCGCAGCCCUAUUUUUGCCGUCUGCUGCUGCUUUAUCCAAGAGAUUAUCGAGGCACUGCAAAUGGCUCGCGAAGAGAGUGGCCACUCACCGCUAUAAAUCUGUUGAGAUCGUUUUGGCUUUCAUGGUGAACGUUCCAUGGAUGUCCCCCGGUGAUAGACUAGGAGACGACGACACUUGCUCCUAUAUUGCCAUGGCUCUCACUGUUGCUCUAGACUUAUCUUUGAAUAAGAUUGUCUCGCCCUCUUCAAGCUUCGACCAAGAACUCAUGAAUCGUCUGGCACGGGCAGAGUGUAUUGAUGCUAAGAGAGCAUUGCACAUGGAUGGAUUUGAUGAUAUUGAUCCAUCUUCAGAGUGGGGCCUUAGGCUGUUGCGAAGACGUGAAAGAGCUUGGAUUGCGUUGUAUGUCGUUGAGAGGGGUGUUUGUCUUGCGCGUGGACGAAGCUAUACGGUACCUGCAACAACGCUCAUCGAAACAUGUGAUCGUUGGCACAUGUCCAACAUUGCAGACCCGCGUGAUGGUCCUAUGAAUUCCAUGGCAGUUCUUCGAAGAGACCUUGAUGGACUCUUUCAGCAAGUUAAAUCAAGCUGUGAUAGUUACCGCGUCGUCGUUACCGGCUCGGAAGCUGCUCAGUCGAUUAAGAAAACCAUUCAAACCUUCUACGAGCGGUGGUAUGCAACAUGGGCUUUGUCGAUUGGCGAAGGAGAUACACGCUCUCUACCGCCAUAUGUCGAGAUUCUUGUCACACAUACCCAAUUGUCCACCUACAGUGGUGUUAUAAAUCACCCAACAGCUCCAAUCGAAGUUAAACGUUUCUUCCGAGCCGCUGGUCUGUCGUCUGCAUUGAACGUCCUACGAGCAGCCAUUCAAGGCGAAUCUCGACUGAAAUCAAUGCCAAACAAUACUGUCAUAAUGAUCUCCUUUGCCGCAUGUUCUGCUCUCAGUCUCAGCGUAACACCCGGCGACAGCAGAUCCAGCCUGGCACCAAGCGUCCGAAAUCUCAUCGAAGAGACUGCCGGUGUCCUAGAGAGAAUCGGGGCAACACCGAGUCACCGAGGCGGCGCCUCUGUGCUUUACGGGAGGUUCCUGCGUGAGUUGAUCCGGCGUGCACCGGCUUUGCCUCUACAACCACGAGGAAAAAUAGGCAAAUUCGAUCCACCCGAGCCGGCAUUUCCGUCUGCAUGUCUGGAUCAUGGUCCGUUGCCAGUAACACUACCACCUGAGGAUAUCUGGUCUGAGCCAUUGCACUUCUCUGCCAUGUCUGAUAAUCAAAUCGUCGAUGCAGUCAACCGAGCGGGAACCGCGUUUGGUGCGUCAAUUCCGGAUGUGCCUCUUGAUGACAUGCUUAAUUGGGAUUGGCUUGACUUGGCCAAUUCGGAUUUCAAUUUUUAG